CUCACUCACACUCCCAUAUCUCCUGUGUAUUUUUUGGGGGGUGUGUGUGUGCGUGUGUGUUUUUUCAAAAGGCAAGAGGAGUGUGUGUGUGUUUGUGCCCUUGCAGUACAGAGGACUGAUAACUCCCCAGGAUGCAUCAGCUGCUUGUGGUGACCUCGGUGCUGGUGGCACUCUGCUCUCUAGGGAGUGUGGAUUCUUCGGCGUAUGACAAGAUAGUCACCCACAGCCGCAUACGGGCCAGGAAGGAAGGACCCAAUGUGUGCGCUCUGCAGCAGGUCUCUGGGACUAAAAAGAAGUACUUCAGCACAUGUAGGAACUGGUACAAAGGCUCCAUCUGUGGCAAGAAGACCAUGGUCCUAUAUGAAUGCUGUCCUGGGUACAUCAAGCUGGAGGGCAUGAGAGGAUGCCCUGCAGUGGCUCCAAUCGACCAUGUCUAUGGUACACUGGGGCUCGUAAAGGCCACGACCACACAGCAAUACGCUGACAUAUCCCAGCUGAGAGAGGAAAUUGAAGGCAAAGGCUCCUUCACCAUGUUUGCACCUAGCAAUGAAGCUUGGGAGAUGCUGGACCCAACUGUACGGUCCGCACUGAUAAGCAACGUGAACAUCGAGCUGUACAAUGCUCUUCACUACCACAUGGUGAACCGCCGUCUUUUGACCAAAGACUUGAAGAACGAUAUGUCUCUCGUUUCCAUGUAUAAUGACCUGGGGCUCUACAUCAACCACUACUCAAAUGGGAUUGUGACAGUGAACUGUGCCAGGAUCAUCUAUGGUAAUCAGGUGGCCACAAAUGGUGUGGUGCAUGUCAUUGAUCGGGUCAUCAGCAGCGUGGGCAACAACAUCAAGGAAGUCCUGGAUGUCACAGAUGAGCUCUCCAUCUUCAGAGGUGCUGUGUUGGCUGCUGGUAUGAUGGACAUGCUGGACCAGCCUGGCUCCUAUACUCUGUUUGCUCCCACUAAUGAAGCCUUUGACAGAUUGAGCCCGGGCUACCUGGAACGCAUCAUGGAAGACCAAGAUGUUAUUUCAGCCCUGGUGAAGUACCACCUGUUGAAGAGUGUCCAGUGUUCUGAAGCAAUCAUGGCAGGGUCGGUGUACGAGACUGCAGAGGGCAACACCAUAGAGAUCGGCUGUGAUGGCGACAGUUUGACGGUCAACGGAAUCAAGAUGGUGCUGAAGAAGGACAUUGUCACCAGCAAUGGCGUCAUCCACUACAUCGACCAGGUGCUCAUCCCUGACUCAGCCAAAGAAGGGAUUGAGCUAAUGGGAGAGUCUCAGAGCACCUUCGGCGACAUGGUGUCCGAACUGGGCUUAGCCGCUGCCUUGGGUCCAAAGAUAGAGUACACACUGCUUGCUCCUGUCAACACCGCCUUCACUGACGAGCUGAAAACAACAGAGGAGAACCUGCUAAAAAUCAUUUUGCAAAACCACAUCUUGAAGCUGAAAGUGACACUGGGCGAGCUCUACAAUGGACAGCUGCUGGAAACACUGGCUGGCAAACUGCUCCGAGUCUUCAUUUAUCGCACUGCUGUUUGCAUAGAAAACGCAUGUAUGCUGCGUGGCAGUAAAGAGGGAAGCAAAAGCGCCCUCCAUGUUAUGAGGUCCGUCAUCACACCCGCCGAGAAAACGAUCUAUGAGCUCCUGAUUGCUGAUGGACGAUUCAAGAUUUUCCUGUCGCUGAUGGAGACAGCAGGUUUGACUGAUCUGCUGAGGCAGGAAGGCUCCUACACCAUCUUUGCACCAACUGACGACGCCUUUGAUGGUCUCAGUAAAGAAGACCUUGCCCUGCUCAAGAGUGAUCUGAAUGCUUUGAGGGUCAUUCUGCUGUACCACUUCAGUAACGGCAUCUUCAUCAAUGGAGGAUUAGAGGGAGGAGUCACUAAUCUGCUCAAAACCCUCCAGGGCAACAACCUGCAAGUUAUAGCUGUUAACAACUCUAUUCAUGUCAACUCUGUGAAUGUGCCAGACAGUGACCUGAUGGCAACAAACGGUGUUGUCCACGUGGUGAAGAACGUUCUCUAUCCUGCGGACCUUCCUGUGGGCCGCGAGGACCUCCUGGUCCUCCUGAAGAAGCUGAUUAGGUACAUCCAGAUUAAGUUUGUUUCUGGAUUUUCUUAUACUGAGAUCCCACUUACCUUCAUCAAGAAGAUCAUCACCACUACACACACCACUACACAUUAUAUUGAAUCAGACCCUGAAAUAACAAAGGUGACCAGAGUCAUUGAGGGCAAACCCACUAUGACCCACGUUACCAGGGUCAUCGAGGGGGAUCCUACCUUUACCAAGGUUACAAGAGUCAUCGAGACAGAACCAAUUGUCACUAAGGUGGUCGUCGAGGGGGAGCCGGUAGUCACCAAGUUAACCAGAGUCAUCGAGGGGGAUCCUUCCGUCAAAAAAGUAACCAGAGUCAUCGAGGGGGAUCCUUCCAUCAAAAAAGUAACCAGAGUCAUUGAGGGAAAACCUACCAUUACCAAGGUUACGAGAGUUAUUGAAGGUGACCUUGGUGCAGAUGGACAGACAGGUGGAGCCAGAUACACCACGGCGAACGAGCCUUAUAUCAUUGAGGGCCCAGACUUUUCUAAGAUCACCACCAUCCACGGCAACCCAAAUCUGAUCGACGAGGAAUCAGAGAGAAUUACCAAAAUCAUUAAAGAGGGAGGUAAAUUCGCUGCUGCCAGGAAAGCGCCAGCUGGCAUGAGGAGGAGAACAAGGCUGGUCAGGCGUCACCACAAGCCAAGGCAGUGAAUCCAACAGAGAGAAAACACCUUUGGGCUCACCGCAGAGACUGAAUGCAUCUCCAGAGCUCCUGGUCGAGCGCUGGAGGAUUGAAAAACUGUGGAUCAAUAGGGAGAGAUGAAACCAAUCUAGCUAUUUCUUUGCCCAAACCACCUGUAAGAAUGAUUGUUUACUAUUCCAUCUGGACCAUACUGUAUGUGAUAGGCAUGAUGUGUAAUAGCAAUGAAAUUAGAAUACCCUUUAUGUAAGUAAUGUAAGUGUGCAGGGGAACUAUGGACUUUUGCUGUGGGGUAGAUGGUGUGUAAGGUGAGAUUUAUUCUACCACCAAGAGAUGUUUUUAAAGGUUUGCUUUUUUAAUUAUGUCACUCUGUUAACGGAUGGCUUGGGACGAUUUUUGUAUGCUUCAUAUGGUGCUCGCAUUCUAUACAAUGGAUGCAUUUUAAUGAAUACGACAAGUGAAAACAGUGUUUUGCUACCAUUAGAUGCUGUACUGAACCUCUGUAAAUUAUCACAUGGUGAUUAAAAUACACAAAUAAUUUUUAUACAGUUUUCAGUAAUUCUUUCCAGCUUCCAUGACUGUUUUUACUCCACGAAAACAAAAUGUUUCAUGCUGUUGAAUGUGAGCCUGAUUGUGUAUGUCCUUGUACAACCAGGCUUCACAAUCAUGUUUGUUUUUACCUCAGAGAAAAAGUGGUAAAUAAAAUCUGCAUAGU